ACUUACCCCGUGUAUGGGGUAAGUCAAACAUAGUAGUGGGGUAAGUUUAGCCGUAUCCCUGCUACCCCCCAACUCUCCACCCCAGCCCUCCCUCACCUUCUCUCUCCUUAAAUAACAGUCACUUCUUCACAUUCGUGUAUUUUUAUCUUUUAUACGCUAUUCAACUGGUACAAUAAUUCUUUUUAUUAAUAUUGCAUAUAACUGCUAAAAAGCUGUUUUGUAAAAAGCCAUUUAACAUGAGAAUGUCUUUAAGUGAUUCAGAACAUUCACAGCUGUAUUUUUGAAAAGAUAAAGUAACACAUUUCAACAAUCUGAACUGAAACUCUGAUCCUCUCAUCAGACUCCUUUACUUUCUCAUUAGAGCCACUGACUCAACUUACCCCAAAACUACUAUUAUGACUUUAUUAGUCCUCUAAGCUAAAAUGGUGAACUUUUAAGCUAGGUUUUUGACCUCAUGUUGUAGCUCAUAGAUACCACAAUUGAUGUAUAAACCAGAUUUGAAAUGAUCUUUUUUAGUCUGAACACAAUUCUAAUAAAACUUGAAUAAACCAUGAAUUGAUGCCCAUCUCCUAAAUAUUUGGUCACAUGAUCAAUUUCUUUUAUCAUUUCCAAGCAACAGGGGGUGGCUCAACUUACCCUUUGGUUCAACUUACCCCACUCUCCCCUAUCUGUGUAUCUUGAUCAUUUUCCUGGUGUGACAAGAGCCACUGGAUUUGGGGGUCCAUCACAAUUCCUUAUGUGAAGUACUGGAGUAGUGGCGUUUAAUGUACUUCACCCAGGAGAAGUAGCCUCAUCUUUACAAUAUCGUGACCUCGUCAUUGCUUCUGUAACAAGAAUAAGAAAAGUUGUGUGAGUGUGUGUGAUCCAGUAUACUCCACUAUUCCCAUAAAUUUCCUGAAGGCGCGCUCUCCUCACACAUUCCUAUGGUGGCUCCUCCUCCCUCCUCCUCCCCCCGCUUGCUGCUGUGAUGGUCACAUGACACAAACUCACCAAUCAGAGGCCACCACAGCGAGCAGGCAGAGCUGCAGCAGCGUCCCACUGAUCCUGAACACAGCCACCACUGCUGGCUCCGACUUCGUCAAGCGACAACCACAAUGGGGGGGUUGUUUUGAUUAAAGUUGACGGAUUUUUCUUACUUUUUUGUAUCUACACUGUUGCGUUGAAGUCGGGGAUAUAUGUGGCGUCUACCAUGCUCAUUUAUCGACUUCUUUUCACGUCCCCGGGAGACAACAAACUUGGGAAUAGUCGAUGUUUUAACUGAAAGGAGCAACUUCUCCAACUGCCUUACUAGUCAACUGGCUGACCUAUGCUAAGCUAAGCCGCUAGCCAAUGCUGUUGAAACUUGUGUUAAAAGUCCUCAAACGAUAAAGUAGACUCAUACGGUUUAGGCUUUUGUGACUAGAUAAGAAACAGUGAGGACUUUCAGAGUGAAACCUGUCUCUGUGAAGCUUUUAUUUAUUUCAUCCGUGUGUGUGAGACGGGGCAGGUGCACCUCUCUCUCGGCACCUGCGGUACUAACUCUGUAACUUAGCUCCGUUGGUGGAGGAGAGCUAACUUUCGCUAGUUCAUGUUAGCAUUACACAGAAGCUGAUACAAUGUUGUGGACGACUGUUUGUUUUCUAAGAUUAUAGAAGUUUUGAGAGUUUAUUCGCGUUUAGAUAACUUUUAAAUUACUAUUGAAUCGUCGGUCCAUACAGCAGUGACAGUGAUAGAGUAAACCGAAGUAACUAACCUCGCUGGUUGGUAAGUGACCCUCACACCGGAGUGGCUACGUGGAUUCAGGGCUGUAGGCACACACUGCCCCACAGGACUUUGGACACGGCUUGACCCUGACGUGGGUUACCCCCUCUGUUCUCACUAGCUUGUGUCGGAAACGUGGGACCAUGAGAGCUUCAGAAAGUUACUUUUUACUGUUUUAAAGUUUUUUUGUGGUUUUGUUCUCCGAGCCCCGCACCCUAUGGUGCCGCUACGGCCACCGAGAAAUGGAUGUCUCGCAGGCCGCUUUCCCAAACGGUGAAGGGCGGCCGGGCGGCGGUGGGACUCGGGAGCAUGCUUGGACAGAGUCCCCCACAAUCCGGGCGUGGGCUCACUCAGCCCCGCUGUGUCCCACUCGGUCCCUGUGGACGGCCGCGUAUGACUACGAGGCGAGCGGCGAGGAUGAGCUCAGUCUCAGGAGAGGAGACGUGGUGGAGGUCCUGUCCAAGGACGCAGCCAUCUCCGGCGACGAGGGGUGGUGGACGGGCAAAAUCAACCGGCGGGUCGGGAUUUUCCCCUCCAACUAUGUCACGUACCAACCCGCAAUUUACCGCCUGCCCGCCACGGGUGGGACAGUAGGAGUGCCAGAGCGAGUCCCGGGCUCGCCCGUCCAGAUCCCCUUUAGUGAACUGGUCUUGGAGGAGAUCAUAGGCGUGGGUGGAUUUGGCAAAGUUUACCGGGGCACAUGGAAAGACCAGGAGGUCGCCGUGAAGGCGGCCCGGCAAGACCCGGACGAGGACAUUACAGCCACCGCCGGCAGUGUUAAACAAGAAGCGAAACUUUUCUCCAUGCUGCAGCACCCGAACAUUAUCAAACUCGAGGGUGUGUGUUUGGACGAGCCCAACCUGUGUCUGGUCAUGGAGUAUGCCCGAGGAGGGACUCUGAACCGGGCGCUGACCGGAAGGCGCAUCCCUCCACACAUCCUAGUCAACUGGGCCGUGCAGAUAGCACGCGGGAUGCACUACCUACACGAGGAGGCCGUGGUACCCAUAAUUCAUCGUGACCUGAAAUCUAGCAACAGUAAGCAAAGAUUGAGUGUGUGCGAAUGUGUGUGUGUUUGUGUUCAUGAUAGAAAGUGUAAGAUGAAACUGAAUUUGGAGGAUGGUCGUCUUAGGAACUUGUGCAACCACCUGUAGCACAUGGACAUCACUAUUCCGUAACAGGUUUGUCAUAGUGUUAAACAACUCUACAUCUAAAACAGCUUUUGAUUUAGAUUUGCAAAAUCUACACCUGCCACACAUUAACUGUUAAAUCCCACGUGACAUGGGGCUUCAUGUCAUUUUGCAUUUUAUUUUCACCUCUAAAUGUCCAAAUUCCUUUUUUUUUUUUUUUUUUUUUUUUUUAGAAAGCACCUCCCUUCUUCUUCUUCAUAAAAGUCUGUGGCUAUAUGAAGUGGUAAGGGGGGGAUACUAUCACGAGGAUGUGAAAUAAAGUCCAAGUUUGCUCAGCUGGGCCAUCCCCCACCCUCCCCUGCAUUCAACCCCCUCAUCAUCCUUUAAAACACACACCUUCCCAGCCCCCCUCUCCACGCCAAGCUGAAAUGUUCAAACAAAGUCAGUGAUUUACUAAACACAUAGGCAGAAACACUCAGUGCACACAGUCAGGCCAUGUGCUUGACCAUACAGAGCUAAUAACAGUAUCACACAGAGAUAGAACUGAGACUAAAUAUAAGCGUUUUCAAGUUUUGUUGACAUUGAUUUUCCAGCAAAGUAUGUGUGCGUUACUUCACAUUUUUUACUAGUUCAUGUUUGCAAAAAAAUUGAUUCAGAUUCUUGAGUGUAAGGAGGUAAUACCUUUAAGGUUUUUGGUAACCUAACUGGGUCAACAUGUGGUGAGAGGUUGGUUCAGAGCAGUACAAGGCCAACAACUGAACUUUAUCCUCCAUGGACUCUUCAUUGAAUGCAGGCCAGGCAAACUUUAGUUUCCCUGGACUGAAUAAUGAAUGGACAGGAGGACUUCAUGAGGGGAAAGAAAAAGAGUCUGAGUCAGAUACCCACACUGACACAGGCUACCCACUUUAACUCAGGUGUGCUUAUGUGUGUAAUGUGACUCCAAACACUAUCUCUCCCUUUGUGACCAGAGAGUCUUAUCAUCCUGGGGCCAUGUGGGGAGCAGCUCUGGCAUACUGAUGUGAUGUCUGUUUAUCUCCAGCUGUGAGAGCCAAUGUGUGAAUGCUGCAUGUGAAAUGUGCGCAAACCGGGCCCUCCAUGAUUGCCAGAUUGACAGAAUGUUUGUGUUUACACAUAUGGAGGGGUUUUCUCUGUAAUUUGAUCACAACAAACUCUUAUUUGUGCAAGUUAAACAUCAUCACAGUUAAUUGCAAUAAGAGGCAAACUUGUCUCUUAUUCAGUACAUGGAUAACAAAUAAUAUAGAUGAUUUAAGUAGUAGAGUAUAUGGAAUCAAAUGAAACUGUCCCCUGCCCUGCAUGUAAAUCACCACACAAUUUCAACUUCUCAUAUGUGGAGAUAUUUAUCAACAAAACUUUGAAACCCUUUGUUUUGUGUGUUCACGGGGUUUCCCCAUGCCAAGUGAUGGGCAGCCUAGCAGAGCCCAUCCCUAAAAUCAGCCUGAUUUAAGUGCAGAGAUUUGGGUUAAUUAUAGGGCAGAUGGAGAGAAAGGAUUUAACCAUUGUUUAGACAGUUUGAGCUAAUCGGAUGUUUGGUGAACAUACACUAACAAUCCUCCUCCAAACGAGCUCAGUGCUGCAAACACAAGUCAGAGUGUUUGUCCUACCACUUCACUGUGACCCAGAGCAGAAGUUCUCCAAAGUUUUCAAUAGUGUGUCCUUGUUCUAUUUUUCAGCUAAGUAAUCUCCAACUAGAGCUAAAUGUUGUGGAUUGAAAGAAAAGAUAGUAUUUAGUAAACAACAACUUUGUAACUGAAAACCAAUUAUUUAUGUGCACUGGGCCCAUGUUUAGUGCUUUGUUUUCACCUCUUAUGAAGUUUCAUAGUCACAGUUUUUAUCAACGAUUCAAUAUUCUAUUCAAUGUUACAGAUUUAAAACUUGAUUGCUAGUUAUGAUCACAUUUAAAAUAUAAAUAAUAUGCAAAGCAUGAAAAUGAGAGGGUUUGAAACUCUUUGUUAUGCUAGAAAUAAUGCAUGACUGAAAUCUGAAUUAUGUAAAUGCAAAUGUUCUUUAUUUAUACAGACCUUUAGAACAACCUUUCUGUGAAACAAAGUGCUUUACCAUACAUAGUAAAUCGAAAUGAAUAAAUAAAAACAAUAAAAAGCAAUAAAAAAAUCAUACAAAAACUCAAGUAUCCCCUGCAGCUCCUCAAAGUAGCCUUGAGUUUAGAGAGCUUUGGUCUUAAAGAUUGCAGGUUAAUGGAAUAGAUAUUAGCUUUUUCUGAAUUUACUUAUAACUCCUAUUACACUUUACUCAAACACUCAGCUAUCACCACAUAAAGAGACCUAAAAUAGACAUGAAUUCUACUUUUAAUGAAAGUAACCAGUUACAAUUAGUCAGUUGUCCCAGGGUCAAGAGUAGAAGUCUGAACAUCUGUAGUCAGUGUACAGUCCUAUCUAAAUGAGAGUGGGGGGAAAAAAAGCUUUAUGUUUGUUUUCAACCAAGGCAGUGAGUUCACAAAGGACUCUCCCCCUACACAGAAAACACACAAACAGCACCCUGUGGUGUCUUGGGUUGUUUCCCAAUUAAAAAAGAGAGGAAAAAACAGAAUAAUGCAGCUCUGAGAAGUUGUUGCAUCUGCUAGUUUUGCUCUGUCGUCUGUUUGUUUGUCUUGGCUUUGGUGUGCAUCAGUCAGCCUAAAAGGAUAAAAGCAGUAAGAAUUAUCUACACAGGGGGUCGAAUAAACUGGAUACAUGUGAUGAGUGAUUGUUAAUCAGCAAUCUGUCUCUUUUUUUAAUUUCAUGAGCAAAGUGUCUGUUUCUUUUGUUGUACCUCUUCUCUCUUUUUUUAAGCUGCUUCACUUCAGUAUUUUUCCUCACUAGUGAAACCAGGUCAUAGACAGGUACACACACAUACAUACAUAUAUAUAUAGAACUGUGCUUCUCCCUCUUCUCCCAAAUGCUCAGCCUGUAAUUUAUCAACUUGCAGUGUACACAUGCUCCACACAGACAAACAUACAGCUAUUUGAUCAAUGAUUAGCCUGUAAAGUAAUAUGUUGGAAGUCAGCAAGAUUUGUCCAAUCUCUUUUGUGUUUUUCAACCUAAUCUGUAAAAUCCCGGCCUGCAGGGAGGAAUGUUGCUAAUGAGGGAUAAAAGCUUAACAUACGUUUGCACAAUGGACUGGUCAAGCAGCGGUUGCUAGGCUACUGUGGCCAGAAGAAUGGCUAGGACUCGGAGGGUCUCAAAGCCCUCGUUUUGUUUUGUUCGGUUCAUAUUUAAUCUCCCAGAGAGCAGCGGUACUCUUUUAUUGCCACAAACUGAGGGGGUUUCCCCUUCUUACUUUGUUAUUUUUCUCCUUACUUACCUUCCCUCCUUUUUUGUCCCUUCUGCUCCUUCUUGCUUCUUUUAUUAUUUUUCAUGCACAUUUCUUAGCCUGGGCAGUUUUCCAACAUUGAUAGUGAUACAGAAGUCACUUAUAUUUUUUGAAAUCUAAAUCAGCAAAGUUCUUAAAGCCAAAAUCAAAAAAUUCUCCCAAAAAGCUGAGUAGUAUGUGUGUGUACUGCAUUCAUAAAACUUCAGUUUACUUUUGUUGUUGUGUUGUUGUUGUUGUUCUGACAUAUAUCUCGUUUAAAAAAGUAUAGCAAACAUUGUUUAUUAAACUAACUGUUAGUGCUGCUGUUUCUGGAGAGUGACUCCAUGUCAUGAACAAGUCCCAGUGUGGGUUCAAAGUUAUGUUGCCAUGUUUGCUUUGCUUAUUUGACAGACUGAGGAGAAUUCAACACGGUCACUCAGUAGCUUUAUUUGUGAUGCUCAGAGUGGAAAGCUAAAAUUCAGCUCUAAUUGAGUGCUGCUGUUUUUAAAUGGCCUGGAAGGGAAACUGACUCCAGGUAGCAAAGUCAGUGCAGGAUGUUGUUGUAGCGUUAAGACUGUGUGGUUUAUAUUGUAUUGAAGCCUUAAAUUGUAAUGACUCAGCUCCUAUUAGUCAGCAAGUAGACCUAGUUAAAGUAGUGCAAUUACUGUGUCGUUCUUGAUAACAGCCGAUGAUUUCCCUGUGCUUUAUUAUCACGUCCCUCCAUACUUUCAUACAACUUUGAUUUAAACAAUCCCUCAAGCUGAGAGUGGUAACAGAGAGCAGCAGAUAAGAGCAAGAAAUCACACUGAAACCUGGCUGUCAGCCAGCACUCAUCGCCGACUUUGACUUCAGAGUUUCACGUCUUGGUGCAGGCGAUAGUAUGCCAGGAAUGCGUGCUUGAACGCCUCUGAAACUGAUGGAGUUCCGUUUGGAGCGUGUGCAACAACAUUCUCCCAUCAGUCUUAAGCUAUUGUUUCACUUCAUCACACUGUCUCUGUCCUCCCCUCCCUCUCCUCCCGUGUCUCCCCCUCUCUCCACUCAACCCUCGACCUGCAGAUCUGUGCACUCUUUGCGGGGGUCAUGAGGCAAUGCAUAUUUUGUCACGACAGAGACGUACACAGACGAGGGGAAGGAAUAAGGCUGAUGUGGUAAAUUCUGGCUUGUGCACCUGUUGUUGUUGUUAUAUAUCUAAAUUAUGCUGUGCCGUGUAAGUUUCAAUGAAAAGAAAUAAUAGGUCUGUUCAGAUGAAUCUUACUCCUCCACACCAGUCGCUGUAAUUGUUGCUUUUGUUUAAAACAGCAGUACUUUCAUGGUUGAUAGAUGAAAAUGCCCCACAAAGUAGUCGGGAAUGCCAAGACUAAAUUCUUCCAGUAAAGAGAAAUGUUGCUACAGGAAUUUAAAACAAUCACUUGCUAUACACCACUUAAAAAGCGUAGAGUUUUGAUCCUGCUCUUGUUAGAAAAAUGCUUUUUAAAGAAAGAAAUAGAGAAUUCAACAGUGGCACAUUUUUCUGCUGUGAUACCCAUAUUAGGACAGGCGCUGACAAGCAGUUGAAAACUAAUUUGCAUGUUCUGUUUCAUUUUGACCAUGACCCUGCUCCUGCUCCUGCUCCAUUACAUCUGAAAAUAGCCAGCAGACCUUGUUAUCUUAUGUUUUGGGGUUUCCAUGUGAACCCCCUUACCUCUGUGGGAAUAACAUUGUAAAAGACGACCUCUUAUCCUCCUUUUUUCACAGGGUCAUAAUAACCAGCUCAUAAUGAGAAGGAGAGAAACAUUUCCAUCCUGUAAUUUUUUCUGCUCUGCUACUGGAAAAAAAAAGUAGAAUAAGAGGAAAAGUUACCAAAGCUUGACUAGGUGUUGCAGGGCAACUUUUCUCAGGCUCCCCACAAUUACCCCUUUUGACACACAGACAGUUACUGCCUGUCUUUUCUCUGACAAGAGAAUGGGCAGAGGGGAGAGAGGAGGAGUGGAGAUGCUUUCACUGUGUUUUUUAUGACCUCUCCCUGACUGCACCUAUUGUUGCAAGGCAGGGUGAAAAGGAAAAGGGCCCACAGCUGAGAAGAGCUCCCUUCCAAAUCAACCAAUCCCCCCCAUUGUAGCUUUCCAGCACAUUAAUCGAUGUUGAAGCAGCAAAAGGUACUAGUUGAACACCUCUUAACAUGUGUUAUGGUUUAAUUAGCCUAGUUAUGGGUUAGCGCAGGCUUAAACUGACACAAACCAGAAGAGGAAGAAGAGAGACAAAGAGCAAGUGGCCCGGAGAGACGUGACCAUGAUAGAUGGAUUCAGCCAGCCAUUAGCCCUGAUCCUUUUCCCAUCAGCCAGAAUGCCUGGGGGCACUCUCAUUUCAGCGGGGAGAGUCAGACCAGUCGGGGAAUUUUAGCGGCCUUGUUUCUGCUUACUACAGGAAGCCCACUUGCGCUCAUGCUUAGUCUGUUGGCACAGUUAAGAAAAUACUGCCAAGUCAAGUUAGGAGGCGGCACUUACAACGACCGUACUGUAUCGAUGUGUAGUUAUGCUUGGUGUAGAUCAAACUAAGCAUGUGGACUGCCUGAUCAGCAGAUUAGUUAUUUAUUUCUGAUAGCGUUUUGAAUGCUUGUGUCAAAGUGUUAGCAUCAUGAGGAGUAUUGUUUAACUCUGCACUGCUACUACUGAGACUGAGAGACCAGGAAUGUCAACAAAUAAAUCAGAUAGAUUAUUUUUUCGUGAUCAAAAUAGUAGCUUUAAUACCAAGUUGUACUAGACUGCCACCUGACACAAAUCAGAUCUUUGUCCUUACUAUAGAUCUCAUAUGACUGCUGCACAAAAAGGCACUUUUAGGGGUUGAAAAGAGCUAGUUUCAGGUUAUCUAUCAUCAGGUGAUUUAAAAAACAUAGUGUGAUGGGGCAUAAAAAAAAAUACGUAAACAGAAAAACUUACAAAGAAAGCCUCUUACAAAGGGAAAGUACAAAAUAUAUUAGUUACACAUAGCUUGAUGGGUACUGCUGCUGCUUCACUGUAGCUUUUAAAUUUUCUUCAAGGGUAAUGUUGUACAGGUUUGGCAGCAUGUUGAGUUGUAGGGUCCCGGACUUACAGUAUUUUUAGUUUUUUGAAGGGAGAAAAAAAAAUGGUCCCGUUUGCCUGAGAAGUGUAUUUCUAUUCUCUAUACCUUGAGGGUUAGAAAGCAAUGGGAAGAAGCGUGGGACCUGCUUUGAAGACAGCUGCUCUGCUUCUGAUCUUCCCACUGUUGCACCAUGAAAGAUGGGUCUGCCUGAAGAUCCACUGUUUGGAAAAAGGGAAUUAAAUGGGGGUUGGACUGAGGGUGGGGUCUGCCUUGGAGGCAUGACCAUCUCCAGUGUCGUUGCACUGUUGUCCUCUUUAAAACAUUUGCUUUUCAAAGGAGUGAGACUCAAUAUAUAGACUGAGAAAAAGCAGAAAACAACAUGCUGGUGGGUUUUAUGCCCUUUUUAGACACAUGUUUAAUGAUUGCCGAAGGUAACAGUGAUGAAAGUGAAAUAGAGUUACUGUUACAUUAGAAAUUUUGAUAUUGUCAAUCAGAUGCAUAAAAAAGUGCACUAAUAGCAGCUAUGCUUGAUGUAAACUCGCUUACUGCAAAGAGUGCUGCAUAAGUGAGUCAAGAGUAGCUUGAUUUGAGGCUUUUUUUAAUUACCCUUCCUAAGUAUUUGGGGUUUGGGGAGUAGGUAGUAAAAUAAUAAUGCAAGGUUGAUUUUCCCCGAGCAGUGACCCUCAUUGAAACAUAAAUUUAAGGAUUUAUCUAUUUUUUUUUUUUGUAAAUGCAUUUGUUUUUAACCUUUGGCAGUUUCUACAUUUUGCAUUUUCUAUCUUGCCUGUGAUAUUACGUUACGUUUUGGAUUUGGAUUUAGAAAGUCGUCAUUAUAAAGUGUGGUUAGCCACAGAGGAACACAUACAAUACACUGUAUUAAUAAUGCAAAACAAAGGCUGGAUGUAUUUCUGUAGAGGAUUAAGUAAAACUCACUGCCCCCAGCCUGGUUUCAUUCAGUAGGUCAGCUGUUUCUGAGUUUCUGAGCAACACUAAUCUGUUUUGGAUGACCAUUGCAGAAGUCAGAACUUUUUUUCUGCUUUUUUGAUAAAUUUUUAUCUACAGUAACAGAUAUUUUACAAGACCAAGUCAGUUUAUAUGUUUCAUUUUUUAUAACACAGUGCAUUUAUAUAACUAGAGUUGAAUCCCGGCGUUGUUUUGGAGUUGACUCCUAAUUGUGUGGUUGUGAGUUUCCUUCUUAAAUGUUUUAAACCUUUGAGAGGAAAACAGUUUGAUGAAACUACACAUUCUUUUUACUGGCAGCUGUUUUCUUGAGGUCAAAAAAUAUGCUCUCGUAUAAAACUAGCUUGGAUAAACCUCUCUUGAGAACACCAGAACUUAGGAGAGGGUGAAGAGGUCAUGGGAAGGGGACUUCAAAGAGAGGCUGGUGGUUGUUUGGGCUGAAGGUGAGUCAUUAGACUCAAAGUGCAAAGAAGAGUCUUCAUCGAGCUUCUACUUCAACACAGUCUUUGUGUUUCAGAUUUUACUCUGCAUUACCUACUGAAACUUGACCAAUAUAAAUCAUAUUAAUUCUGCUUUCUUAAGUAGAUUUCAGCUGCACUGCUGCUUAUCGAGCCCCCUUCUAGUCUUCCAGCACUCCAAAUGCUCUAUACUCAGUCUUAUUUAACACAUGACACUAGGCUGGACGAAAAUGGGAUCAAAAUAUAGAGCUUUAUUAACAGAUUGCUGAAUCUGCUCAGCAACAGAAAACUAAAAGUUUGAUUGUCAGAAGUUGUUUGUUUGAUGGCUACAUGAUUAUUUCAGUGUGUGAUUACAGCUGAAUUUAGUAUACUACCAGUGGCGUUGUCAGGCUGGUAACGGGGCAGGUGCAAAAAGAAAAAAAAAAAGAAAGGGCACCAGCUGUAUGCCUUGAGGGCAGUCAUGAUCAACAAGAUCUGUUUCGAGCAGCAUUUCAAGGACCAGUUUGUAAGCUCUUCAUUUUUCUGUCCCCCUUCAGCUUUCUGUAAUCAUCAGGUAGUGACACAGGCAGAGAGUAGUCUGAAGGGUAGUGAUUAGGGAUAGUUUCUCAAACCACUGAUACACACACAUAGUGUAAGGUUCAUUCAACUUAUUUAGGCACAAGUACCAAAAGGGGGUCUGGAGGUCCUGCAUUUAAUACUUAAUCCUGUCCGUUCUAGUAAUUACUCAUGCUAAAGUUAGUGAGGAGGGUUAAGUUGCAUCAAAGGAAAACACUGAACUUUAAAUCCAUGUUUAACUAAGAUAAUUAAUACUUUUAUAAUGAGGAAAUGUUUAAAUCUAUUAUUUGUCAUGCAGUGUUUAAAACUGAAUGUUGUAAUGUAAUAUAAAAUCAUAAGAUUCUAUUGAUGAUUUAACACUUGGAAAUAUUUAAGACUUUUGUAGUGAAUUAAACUUCAGUCACAAACCAAACAAUAAUAAAUCAGGUCAACUGACAAAGUGACGCAUUUUAUUGUAAUUUGUGCAUUUUUUAAGUGUAUUAUUUAUGUCAGUUUAGAAACGUGAGCAUGGACCUGGAUUGUAACUCACUUUAACAUAAUUCAAUCUAUAUGUAUAAGUAAUAGUGUUUUUAGCUUGGCUGCUAGCAGACUCCAGCAGCCAUAUGAGCGAGCUUACCUGAGUGAAAGGUGUUUUCGUGGCAUAACGUCAGCACGGAGUCAUGUAGACGAGAGCUCAGCCUUUUAUUCAGUAUUUCUAGAGGGCUGACACUGAAGUCUCACGGAGCUACAAAGAAAGUAUUUGGCAUGAUAUUCUAUAGGCCAAUCAACGCAGACGGGUUUAUCCCAAAACCACUGUUCUUCUGGGUUGUGUAACUAACCCAUCAUAAGUCAUUAUGAACCUACAGAGCCUGCUGGGAGGAAUCUAUGGAAUCACUGAAAGAGGACUUGACAACAGGAAGUAGGAGUAUAUCAUUGGUCUAGUGAAACCUGUUUGUAAUGGAAUUCCUUUUGUUGCUGUCUGGGUAGAGGAUCCCCUCAAUGCCCGGAGCUAGUAAUGGCACCGAUAGCCCAGUUAUUAUUGGAGACCUAGUGGUUUUUAAAUGCGGUAAAGAAAUAUUUCAGACCCAUUAAGAAUACACGUGAAUGCCUGGAAAUGUCCAAACACCCCUUCUGUUGAUGAUACAGUACUUUCAGUUGGGAUGGUGUAUUGUGGGAAAGUCGAAUUGUAAGUGUUCUGACAUGUUGGAGGUAGAGACACCUAUUUUCACUGUGUUUUUAUUCCAGGGCUAAUUCACACAGGCAUAUGGUAUAGGGAUACACUUUCAAUGGUGCACUGUAUUUUGAAGAGUUUUGGUAAUAAGAGAAAUAUACAUUGGAUUUCAGAUCAAGCUUACUUUUAUAUCAGUGGUUAUUUAUCCCCCCCAAAAAAGGAUAGUGUAGUAUACAAGCAUACAGGCUGCUUGUUUCGUGGGCUCUUUGUGUCUUGUUCUAUUAUCAAUUAAUAUCUUGCUGUCCUUGAAAGGUUUAUUCAAGAUGCCAAGAUCGAGUGUUUUCCUUUAAAGCUGUCUUUAUCUAUCAGCCUCACCCUGAGCUGCACUUACCUGGGUCCUCAGCAGUAGCCGACACCUGUCAGGUUCAAUCUAAGGAUAUGUGCAGUUGUGGAAUCCUGAUGUAACAGAUUACAGGUUUCAGUAUCAUUUGAUUCAAAGUCAAAUUUCACCACAAGCUGGAAGUGUUGUCGCCCUCUUGUGCAACCUUUUGUUGAGAGAUAGACGUCCUCUCCUCCUCUUAUGGCUCAAUGUUUUCUCAGCGAGGGUUAAAGACCUGUUUGUGUUUGCUGAUUGGGUCUCAGAGGGUUAUAAAAAGAAGAAUGGCAAGUUUUAGCUUAGUGCUGUGGUGGAAGAGUUAAGUCCAAGGUCAGGGAGUGAUACAACAUUACACACACAAAGAUCAGCAAGUUCAUUCAAGUUAUUCUUGCACACAGUUACUUAAAAUUACCAACAAAUAGCCUUUAAACAAAGUAGCCGCUAAUUAUCUCAAGUUCACACUUGUGAUUCAGGAGAUGAAGUGACUCAGAAAUCCAAAUAUUCAGAAGAGACUUUUCCACUCCUGAGUGCCGGUUUGUCUGCUGAGGUUGAUGUUAUGUAAAAUAAACACAGCCAGUAGUGCAUGUUCAAAUUGACCUGGAGUGGUAGCUCGGUGUGUAAAUAAUGAAAUGCAGCCGUUUGUACUGUGAGAUUUUGGCAGAGGCAAAAAGCACAUGUUGAAAAUGAUACCAAGGGGAUCAAAAGAUCAAAGAGGCUGUUUUUGGCUGUUGAUACCCAACUUUUUGCAAAGGCUUUUUUUUUGUCGUCAAAAGGAAACAGGGCAGUUGGUGUGUAUAGAGAGUAGCUUUUCCUGUCACAUUAGAAACUGGGGGAAACAUGUAGCUACUCAUACUACUGGACCUAUGCAGCACACAUUUAAGACCAAACCUCUCAUGAUACCACCCUUUUUUUAAGGCCUCAUCAAACCCAGCUCCUGAGAUUUUUAAGAUGAUAAACCCUUAAAGUCUCACUUCGAUCAGUUUUUUACUACGUUAAGUGUUCUCGGUGGUCUUUAAAUUGUGAUAAUGAGGUUUUUACCAAAAAUCGCAUUACCUGUGUCAUUUUCAAGGGCCUUUCUUCUGCAGAGCUCCAGUAGAUCAUUAGUAAUUCGUCUCUGAGUUGUGGGUGGAGACAGCGCUGCUCUGAACACUCGUCUUCAUGUUAGCUUGCAGCCUAACAUUGCCUGUGCAGCAGAAGUGGCAGGUAACAUAGAAGAUAUUCAGCUUUGGACAUGAAUGUCUUUAGGGACAUGAUAAAAGCUAAUCUCACAAUUAGCUUUCUUACGAGUAUUGCAGUCCACUAACGCACACGCUUGUCUCGGGAUCACCCUCUGUAUUUCUCUUCUAUAUGCAGAGUGUGGCCUGCAUAGUGGGGCUCUGGGGGAGGAGCUUGGAUUGGUUACAUAUAAAAUCUCACUGUUUCUGAACCUGUCAGAGAUUCACAGUGACUUGAAUAAAAAAUGCUCAGAAAAGCAGUUUCGAAUUUAGUUUUCUCAUGAUAUGUCCUGUGGCAUCAGAAAAAUGUUAUAUGAACAUAUAAAAAACAAGAAAAACGUGAUUUUCUUCGGAGUGGGUCUUUAAGUGCACGUUUAUUUGAGAUCAGAGUCACAUUUUAAGUUCUUUAAUUUUCUGGCACAUGGUCGAUAUAAAGGGUCAGGGGUUCGUGGUGUGACUGUGGCAGGUGUUGUGUUUCAGGCGGGUUCGAAGGGUUCUCAUUGUCUUUGAUGUGUUAAACAGUUUUAGGACCUGAGGACAGGUGCUUUGUGUCAAUGUCAACCUUCUGUUUCUACAGUAAUAAAUGACCUGCAUACCACUGUUGGCCCUGCUGAAUAUCAUUAUCAUCCCUUCUCCUACACAUCCCCUAAAAAUGAAUCCCUUGUCAUCCCAAUCCAGUCUUUUCACUCUUUCUUUUCUCUCAAUCACUCAUCGCUGCUCUCAUCCGUUUCCCCAACCCCUCAUGUUUCCGUAUUUACUUCUCACUCUUCUCCAAGGCUCUGCUCUGAUGUAUCCAUUCCCUCUGCUCCCUCUCUCUUUUCAGUUUUGUUACUUGAAAAGAUUGAGAAUGACGACAUUGGGAGGAAGACCUUGAAGAUCACAGAUUUCGGCUUGGCCAGGGAGUGGCACAAAACCACAAAGAUGUCAGCUGCAGGCACGUACUCCUGGAUGGCACCUGAGGUCAUCAAGUCAUCUCUCUUCUCCAAAGGCAGUGACGUCUGGGGGUAAGACGAAUAAUACACAGACCUGGGGAUCAAAUAUCUACCACGACUCCUGAAUUUGAAGCUAUAACUCAUUCCUUUGUUAAAUAUCCCUCACUUUAUUUCUUCCACCAGUUAUGGAGUCUUGCUGUGGGAACUCUUAACCGGAGAGGUGCCAUACCGUGGGAUAGAUGGCCUGGCUGUUGCCUACGGUGUGGCUGUCAAUAAGUUAACUCUACCGAUCCCCUCCACUUGUCCUGAACCUUUUGCCAAGCUCAUGGAAGGUAAACAAGGCAGAAAUUAGACAGAAAUUCUGAGUGAAUCUCCGCAAGUUGAUUUAAAUUAAUUGUUAAAACCUAGACAAAAAAAUCUAUUAAAAAACAACUUAUUAAUUGUUUUUGUUAAAACAAAGGUAACAGAUUUAUUUGUUAAGUCUGCAGGUUAACAUAUCCAGUACUUUAUCUGUGUAGUAGCACUGUGACUAUGUACAUGCACCAGUCAUGCAGGGUAUUUGAAGCGGAACAUAAACCUCGUGGCUACACCUGCAGCGCAUGAAGUCAGCAGAAGUUGAUUUAUAGCGCUUUGUAAGUCACAAGCAGUACAAGACAGAGUGUUUUCUACGAAGAAGCCACUUUCACUGAGCCAACCCAGGCACACAGGUUCAACUUUCAUUUGAAGACGUUUGGAAAAGCUAGAUCACAUGUUAAUAUUAGACUGCAUCACACAAAACAAACAUGCCAGUAUCAGAAUUAAUCCACUUUUUGAAUGAGGACUACCUCAGGGACAAACUCUUCCACUUUAAACAGCAUUUAACAAUUUACAUGAUAACAAUGUCUGCCAAAACAUUAACAGAAGAUACUACUUUUGAUUUAAAAUUCAGAUCAGACGUUUUUAUACCUAACAUUUACACUUGAUUUAUUUGACCUUUAUUUAAUUAAGAAAGGAGUAUAAGUAUAACAAAAGGUAAAAAGACAGUAAAGCUGAAAUAAGAGAGGUAAAAGAGAUAAAAGAUAAAAAGAAUGUCAGCAGCACAAAGUUUCAACAACAAAACAAUAACACUGAUACAGGAGAACCAAAAUAAAAGCCACAAUCAACUUCAACUGAAGCAAAUACUUACAGAAAGCCAGGCAUCCAGACAGGGUUGAAAUACAUUCAAGCUAACUAAGUUAUGCAGUUUAUACCAUGUGGCUACAACCAGCCUGCUGGGUACCACAGAUGGUCAAAAUCUGGCACAUUUACAUGCCCAUGCUCAUCACUAUGAAUUGGGCCCUGUUUAAAAUAAAUGAAAUGAGUAAAUCAAUGAAGUAUAGAGGCAGUAUGUUGUAUUUAAUAUACAGUAGUGUUUCACCUGACACAUUAACAAACAUUAUGUGUUUGUUUGUGUGUGUGUGUGUGUGUGUGUGUGUGUGUGUGUGUGUGUGUGUGUGUGUGUGUGUGUGUGUGUGUGUGUGUGUGUGUGUGUGUGUGUGUGUGUGUGUGUGUGUGUGUGUGUGCAGAGUGUUGGGACCAGGAUCCCCACGUGCGUCCCUCCUUCUCCUGCAUCCUGGAGCAGCUGUCGGCCAUUGAGGAGGCAGUGAUGGCCACAAUGCCUCAGGACUCGUUCCACAGCAUGCAGGACGACUGGCGAGUGGAGAUCCAGGAGAUGUUCGAUGAGCUCAGGACCAAAGAGAAGGCAGGUUACAAACACAUACACGGAAACACAAACAUCUGUACACGUGAUAGGAAGAGCUGCAGUUGACUCACUGUACUAUUGUAUGUUUUACUUCCUCUCAUCUGUCUCACAUUAGGAAGUUGGAGACCCAAGUACAGUAUAUGUAACAGGCCCUUGUACUUCUCUGCUUCUUUUGUCAGUGAUCCAUUUUGAGUAAUCCAUUAUCAAGAUUUAGUCCAGCCAAACUGCCUCACCGGGGGCAGCUUUUAUGGACUAAAAAGUGUAAUUGGUUACUUUCAACAGAUGAGCUAAUCACGCGUUUAACAAAACAAGUCAUUAAUGCCGCGGCGCUUAAGCGUACUUCCCCUUGUUAAGACCUUAAUCUGCUUCCUGUAGAAGUCUCCCAUCACUGGCUUAAACAGGGAGGUUAAUUAGUGUUUGGAGAAACAGCAGGAUCAGCUCACAGAGCAGAGUCUGCUAAUAAUGAACUGGAUACUAACUCCUCGUUCCUUUUCACACUUAAGUUUUUUGUUUUAAGAUUUAAAAAAUAGAUUGAUAUGAAUUUGUGUGUUGUGUAUAUUAGCUCCCCAGUACUCGUUAUUAGUAACGUGACGAAAAUCUUUAGUUUCAUUUAUGCAAGUAUGUUACAUAACUUCCAAUAAUCCAAUUUAAACAGUAAGUUCUCUAUAUGAUCUGCACAGGCUUGCUGUAAUAAAACACAGUUAAGCUCUUUGAGAUCGUAAAUGUAAAAAAAAGGAAAAAAAAAUACAGGUUUUCAACACAAGCUUAAAUUUUUCCCAUAGUAGAUUACGAACAGAAUUAGCUGCUACAUCGGCAGGUUUCCUGUAAACAUCUCUCAGUAAGCUGUUUCUAGGUGGGUGGCUGAAAGGGCUUGACUGUAAAGCGGCUACGUGGAAACCAUCCAGUAAAGAUUAUUAUUACUCAGCUGAGAGCAAUUAAACAGAAAAUCGAGGGAGUAAAGAGAGCUAAACACACUUGUCUGCUCCCAUGGCUGACUCGGUUUAACACAGGCUGGAACAGCAGGCAGUAAUCUCCUGAAUCACCAGGUUGUUAUCUAAUAAAAGGCACACUUGAACAUGUCUGAUUCUGUGGAUUUCUGUUUUAUUAAAGGGUGAGUUAGUCCUCGAUCUCCAGAGCUUUGUCUUAUAGCUGGACAGUUACCAAAAAUAAAUAAUGCCACAGCACCAGACAUUGAAAAUAUCUGUCCUUUACAAAACAUGAUGUCACUUACAGGACUUAGAAAUAAAGACAAAGUACUGAUGAUCUUUUAAAAGGGGUAAAAACCCACUCCAGUACACCUUCAUCCUUGUUCUGAUGCUCUUCAUUUAAGUUUACAUGACUGAUCAUUUAGAGGAAAAGGAGAUGGAUGGUUUCUCCCAUCUCACUUAAAAAGCAACCUUACAGUUUGGAUUAAACAGGUGGUUGUGUUAUGCAUGUUCCUGCUUACAUGGCCUUAAGCUACUAGCUUCAAAUAUGCAAAAUAGGCUUCAGAUCUGUUGGACCUUCACUUGUUUAUCACUUCAAAGCUUAAAUUUCUGUGGUCAGGAUCUCCCAGGUUCAUUUCUUACACUGUCUGCAAGUUCAAGCACACAUUUGACUUCAUUUCUGCUUCUUUCAGGAGCUUCGUUCCAGAGAAGAGGAGCUAACGCGGGCAGCCCUCCAGCAGAAGUCUCAGGAGGAGCUGCUGAAGCGUCGAGAGCAGCAGCUCGCGGAGCGGGAGAUCAACGUGCUGGAGAGGGAGCUUAAUAUCCUCAUUUUCCAGCUCAACAAAGACAAGCCCAACGUGAAGAAGAGGAAAGGCAAAUUCAAACGCUCUCGGCUCAAACUGAAGGAUGGAAACCGCAUCAGCCUGCCCUCAGGUGAGCAUCUGCAAGUCUGAGCUGAGAAAUGGAGAGUCGAGUUAGGAGGAUAGAAAUCAAGAGUGGUUGUUGUAAGAUUUUCUCUGACAAAGCAAUCACUAGUGAGUCUCUGCAUUAGUAAGUAUCACUGUCAUGCUGCUCUGGUCCGCGAGUAGUGUAGUUUGCUGAGUCCCUUGGGGUUUAAUACUUUAACAAUGUACUUAAGUAAUAUUUUAGAGUCAUUUUUAAUGAUUGUGUUCUUAAAACUGUUAUGGAGCGUUUGAACAUUAGUACUUCUCAACCUUUACUUGUGUCACAUCUCUGGCAAAAUGAAAAUUUAGCCAUAAACUUUAAAAACCCUGUUUUCCAAAAUUUUAGGUGAUAAAAUUUUAUUGUCAAGUAUGCUAACUCACCAAAUAGGGCUGGGCAAUGAACCGAAAAUUUACUGAUUCAGAAAUUUACGACAAUAACCAUCGUCAUUUUGCCCAUAUCGGUAUAUUUCAGUGUCUAAAAAAUAAAUAAAUAGAAGUUGGUUUUGGAUGUGUGUAGGUAGGCUAUGGUCUCAUGUCCCUUUAAGACGCUGUCCUACGUCUGAGACGUGACUCCACUGCAUCCAGUCCGUAACAAAGAGUGAAAGACGGGUGAGGAGAUGGAGGACGGUUCAAAAGUUGUAGCGGCGGCGAGUGGGCGAGCAGCUAGUGGAGUAGUUAUCAUCCAUUUAUUGUUAUCGAUGUGAACUGCUCAGUACAUUGUAAUAUUGAUUUGAGGCCACAUUGCCCAGCCCUGUCACCAAAUGAUAGACAGAAUACACAGUGAGUAAGAAAACCACCUGGGAUUAUUUCCACAAUCAGAUAACAUGUGAUGUGUGAACAAAGAGGCAGAUCAGAUUUACACUAAAGAACCACAACAACCACAUGUUUGAUGUCCUUCACAGUUGUGAUCAUAAUGCCAAAGAUAAAUGUGGUUGUGUAAUUUCCCUGACUUUAACUGGGAUUAUAUCAAUCACAUGUCUCCUGUCCAUAUUUUCAUGUUCUAAAUUUCAGAUUUCCAGCAUAAGAUCACAGUGCAGGCAUCACCAUCCAUGGACAAGAGAAGGAGCCUUCACAGCACCAGCUCCUCUCCCCCCAGCAGUCCCACACUCAUCCCAAGACUAAGAGCCAUCCAGCGUAAGUCCAGCCCUCUUAUAUAUCCAAGUUUCCUCCUGAGUGAGUCCUAUGAUCUUCACUUUAAGUGUAAGUCGUAUCAGGUGUAGGUAGUCCUCGGCAUUGACAGAAACAUUUCGAAAGAAAACCGAAGAGUGAGUCCAUCGCCUCAUCUCACAGAGUUUUUGGUGGGAACAUGAGGAGAGUGUUUUUCACAAUGACCAAAGCUGUGUGAACAAAAAGCUCCAGAGCCAGAAGCAGUCAGCCAGUUGUUUGAACAGUUUGAUAAUGUUGUUAGUCAUGCACCGACGCCCCUGCAAUAACUGGAACAAAUUCCUCCUGAGCAUUUAUGUAAGAUCUGGAUAUUCAGGCAGAGGGUGCACACUGUCGGUCAUUUGUCACAAUUAGCCCUGAAAAUGGAUACGGACCAAAAAUCGACAAAACAGACAGAGAAAAACUCUCAGGGGCCUUUAAAUCUGAGCGGUUAGUACAAAAACGGUUUACAAAAUAGGCAGAAGUUAUACGAAGCUCUGUUUGGUUCAAUUGACUCGGCUAUGAAAAGAUAAUUUAUGUCUCUUUUUCAAAAUCGUGUAACAUAAAUCACAUACAUAAAACAUGUACACACAAAUACAUUGAAUUAUAGGUAACACAUUUGACGCCUAUCUGUAUAACGCACUAUAGAUAUAUUUAUAAUGCGUUAUAAUCACGUUAUAGCACUGUAUAACUAUAGUUAUAAACACUCAUAAAUGACCAUAAUGGUUUAAAGGAAUGAUCACAACACAUUAUAAAGCAUUUUAUCAUGACUUACAAGGUCAGGUAUUAUAAUGUGUUAUAACUGUUAACAACAGUUGCAUUGCAUUAUCUACGUGGGCAUUGUCAGUGAGUUAUUAACAGUUAAAACACAUUAUAAUACCUGACCUUGUAGGUCAUGAUAAAAUGCUUUUAUAAUGUGUUGAUUAUUUCUAUAAAGCAUUAUGAUCAUUUAUGACUGUAGUAAUACAGUGUUAUGAAGUGAUUUAUAAUGCCUGACAGAGAGAGGCAUCAAAUAAAGUGUUACUGAAUUGUAAACAGAGUGUUGAGUGUAAAAUAGUACCUUUGAUUUAAAGCAAACAGUACAAGUGUGUCAUACUGCUCAUGUUAGUUAAGGGGUAACAUGUAUGUUUCCUUCUUCAGUGACGUCUCAUAUGCAGAGGGACAUUUUGCAUGUUUACCAACAGGAUGUUGAUCUCACCAGCGAGCUCACAGGCUACUGUGGGUUCAGAAGGACAGGCAAGCUAUCAGCUAAUCACAUGCAGCUGAAAAACAAAGAAAAAAUCACACGCAGGGCUUUCUGCGUGUGAUUUUUGGCUCAUUUUGACAGUUAAAGGGUUUGAUGUCUAACAGCUGCCCAUCAGCAGGGUUUGUUUGUUUUGAUGGCCAGGGUCUCAUGGUGUGUUUGAUCACAGAAACACUUGGGUUUUUUGCUGUUUAAAAUGGUUAAUGGAUAAAGUAACAACGAUGACACCUCAUGCCACAGACUUGGGCCAGUCUACAGGUUGUUAUAUAUUGGAUAAUCGUCAUUAUUCAAUCAUCCUGGUAGUGCUCUUGUGUUGCACAUUUUUACAGUUGUAUUCAUUUUGGCCUGAGUCUGUCGCUCAAAUGUCUUUAAUGGGUCCUGCCUUCUCUCACAACUUCGUAACAACUUCACAGUGACUAACAAGAACCUUUAUGAAGCUUUUAUGAAUAAGUUCUGGGUUUUCAUUUCUGCAAUUCUUCUUUUGGUUUUUGAUUUGCAGAAAUUGGUGUUUCCAGUUCACCAAGUUUGAAAAUUCCUAGAUCACUCAUAUCUGACUAAAAACUACUACUUUAAAAAUCCCUCCAUUGUAAAGAGAUUUUCAGCUUUGGGGAAAUAGAAUAUCCACCAAUCAUGUGAUAUUUUUCAAAGAAAGUGGAAAUUUAAAUAACCUGCAAUCUUUCAAGAAAGAUGUCUUCUGGGAUUUUACAAUGGCUCAGUGUCUUUCUUAACCUUAAUCAAAACCAGUUUGCUGCAGUUGUUUUUACUCCAUCAUAACACGUCUGGUCACUGUGCCAUCAGUUACCCAGGAUGAGAGCAACCGUACAUGGGGCCGCAGCACCCUCUUCAGGCCAGAAGAGUUCGAUGACGUGAAAAAGGGAAUCAAGAAGAAAGGUCGAACCUGGGGCCCCAGCUCAGUCCAGAGCAAAGAAAGACCUGCUGCUGCUGAGAGGUAGAGUGAAUGCACACAGUAAUAAACACAGAGGACACUCAUUAUUUAACAUUAUGAUAUAUGAACUACAUUACAGCUAAGGUUGUGUGAACAGAUUGUGUUAAAAAUACAAACAGUUGUACAGCAUUUACUAUUUCUGCAUGUUGUGCUAGUGUAUGAAUGCAGCCAACUUUUAUGAUGACAAAAAAAGGGGAUAAAAGUUAAAAUUGAACUGCAUGUCUGUGGUUUCAGGGUACGUCCUCUGUCUGACGGCAGUAAUCCCUGGUCCACCAGCCUGGUCAAGUCCCAGAAGUCGGUCCCCCUCGCUGCACUGUUUGCUGAACAAGGUGAGCAAGAAAUUGUAACGUCAGUGUUGUCACAAUGUGAGCGUUUACAACAUAGUUGUAACAUACUCUGCAUUUCUGCACUGUGAAUUAAAUGAAUCAACAUAUUUUGUUUGUUUAAUUAAAGUGACUAUUACAGGGGUCAUUUUCUGCUCUGGUUCUAAUCCCAUCCAGAUAGACUAAGAACUGGUCUAAGGGGGUUUUCACAGCUGGAUCAUUUGGAGACACUCAGUGUGUUUACAGGCACAGCUUAAUCAAACUAAGCUCAUUCUUUUUCGCCAAAUCAGACUUCUCUCCUUGUCCGUGUAUACAUGCAGCUGAGAAAAUCAAAUUAUUGACAUGAACGUGUCCUCCAUCCCCAAACUAGGGGGUGAUAUGGGUCUUUUUAGCGGUACUAUUUCCGGUUGACCCCAUACAGCUGUCAACAACAACAGCAGGUCCAUGCCAGACGUCAGAAGUGACUACAACUGCUGCUGGGCAUUUUCAAGCCACUUCUACUCUUCGUGCCACUUCUCCUGGUGUUUUUGUGCCAGGGUUACGGGGGCAUGGCACAAGCGCACAUGCAUUGUUUAAUUAUUCUCCGACUAUGCUGGUUACAUGGUAGAGGAAAUCGAAUUCCAAUCCCAUUAUCUGGGUGUCUUUUUUAGAGUUCUCAGACUCUGAUUAUAGUCGGACUAAGGUGUUUACAUGCACUUCAGUUGUCGGGUCUUAACCAAAGUAAGGCAAUAAUUUGGUUUUCUUGAGUGUCAUGUAAACGUACUGAUUGUUCCUAAAGGGUUGGCAUUGCCUCCCUUUGGGUCAGAUCAUUAUUUUACAAGAAUGAAGCAAUCACAGUCUAGUGUUAAACAAAGUAAGUUUGUAAAGAUCAUCAGGAAGAGGUGGUCCUUUUUCUCACUGAACCCUGGAGGGCUUUGCUUACACAGAGAAGUGACCCAACAACCAAAACAAACAGCUGGUUGAUUCAUCAUAUUAGUGGUAGACCAGUUAUACUAGAUACAGUUUGCGUAAGACGAGCUUUUAUUGCAGCAGGAACACAAAACUAACCAGGGAUUGAGUGCAACAACCUAAAUGUGAAUUCACACCUCAGUUUUAUCAAAAGCAGGAAGUGUGUUGUUAUCUGCACACGUCUAAUGUCCCACUCGUGUGUUUUCAGCAGGUAAAGAUGAAUCCUUCUCCCCAGAAUGUCCAGACAGCAGCUCCAAGCCAAAGCAGCUCAAGUUCCCCAACCAGGUGUACAUCGAUCUACCUCUGUGGAGGGACGAGCAGCAGCCUCAGAGCCCCGCUGGGCUGGGAGAUGCAGGGAUGGGGGGUCAGAGCGGCUCACCAGACACGCCAGACGACCCCUACACCACUACAUCCACCUCGUCCACCUCCACCACCCCACAGCUCACCCCUACCAACAGCCUGAAGCGAACAUCUGCCCGCCGCAAGACUGACUCUGUGCUGUACAGCUGCGGCUCGCUUCUGGCUUCAGUUGUGCUCGGCUACGACAUACGGGAAGCUCUAAAGAACUGUGGCGAGGACUGCGAGCCUCAGCGCGAGGAGAAAGAGAAGAAGAAAAAGGAGGGGUUGUUUCAGCGCGCGACCCGCUUCCGCCGCAGCACCUCGCCACCGAGCGGUCGCCCCCGCAAAGACGAGGCAUUAUCAAACCACACCGCCACCCCACCUGUUAAUCUCAUCUCCAUGUCGGCCAUCGUGGAAUGCAACUCCACCAAGUGUCUCUUACAGUCCGAGGCAGAGGUGUCGGAGUCAAACCCUGGUAGGGUCGAACAUGCGGCUGUCAAUCAUCACACAGAGCCAGCCAGACCGAGCCCAGUUACACCCACAGAGGGCCAGAACAACAAGACCGCAGUAAACACACAGACACCCGGACAAACCCAAAGUAAGCCGCCAGAGCAGAGCAACCACAACACAGGGACACGUCUGCGCAGAAAGAAGUACACCACCAACCACACCUGUGAGUAAGACAAACCCCGAGUUGAGGGGAGUAACCGUGUGUGUAAGUGCUUCGAAAACAUUCAUGCACUAAAUCUGAGUUUCCGUGUCGAUUUCCAGCAAACGGCCCUCCCACUCUGCCUCCCCCAGCCACACAGAAGAAGCAGGAGAAGGAGAGGGAUGGGGCGUCAGAGAAGCCUUCAGGCGGAGAGGCCUUGUCCAGACCCCGACCCGUGUCUUUCCGGGCCAAACCCCACGCCUGGGCCCUGCUGCGAGGACGCAACAAGAGCUACUCACUGGGCCACUACUCCGGGGAGAAGGCGGCACAAAACCUGAGCAUGGUGCUGUCCUCUGAGGUAGGAGUGGGCUGCUCCCUGCUGGACAUGGACACCGAGGGCCAGAAACGAGACUGCACCGUGCCGCUGUGCCGCAUUCAGAGCUCCCCAGCACGGCCCUCUGUCUUCGAGCUGGAGAAGGAGUUCCUCUCCUAGGAGCCCGGAAAGUGACCUGCUUCAGUCACAUCUCUUCCCAGUGUCCUAGACCAUACAGACAUACAGACAUGUAGUUUUUUUGGCCUAAAACUCCUGGAGGGUUUAGAACCAGGCUGCCUUUUUUCAUAGAACCCAGCUUGUUCUUAGUUCUAGGAUUUGGUGUUGUCAGUGUUCUAGAGUUAAAAUGAGUGAGACACCCGGAGAACGCCCGUCACGGUGAGGGGAUCUAGAAUGCGCACCUUGCUCUCAGUGCCAGAAUGUGUGAGGCCUUAUGCUGCGGUGGGAGUUACCUCAGAAGUCAGAAGUCAGAGCUGAGAAUGACGUCAAAUCCGAGUUACAAGUGUUUCAGUUAGCAAGUCGGAAAAAAGCGAAAUGGGAGGUGGAAACAAGAUGGCUACAUCUACGAAAGUUAUUUUAGCGCUUGCUUUAUGUUCAGAAAGGCAAGCGCUAAAAUAACUUUCGUAGAUGUAGCCAUCUCGUCAUUUUCAGCUCGGACUUCUGACUUCCGAUAUAACUCGAACGCAGCAUUACACCCUGCCUUUUUCUGUUCUAGAACAAACACCCACACCACUGUGUCGUUCUGAAAUCUGAGCGGAACAUUCCAGACGUGGAUCAGCGGCACCUGUCCUGAUCCCGCGGUACUCGACUGCCAUUCUUCGUCUGCUCAUCUCUCCCUCCCUCUUCCUCUCUCUCUACUGUCAGUGCAGCUAAACGUUGACCGCUGCUGCAGCUUUUUCGCAACACAAAACCCUCACCUUUUUAUUUAUAUAUAUAUUUUUAUAGGUAAUUUAAUAUGAAGAGACUUGAUCUUUCCUUAGCAACCAGCAGGACAUUACAUUCCAUGUCGGUUUUAAAGUUGUGCGAUCACGCUUUUAGAUGUUUUGACUUGAGAAUCAUGCAUGCAUGUACCCUUAAAAUGUUGAACAAAAAAAAUCAUAAUGCCUUGUUUGUAAAUAUUUCUUAUUACCCAGUCCCAGCCUGAUGCUGGAAGUUGUUUUGUAUUGCCUAUAUAUGCUGUUUUAUGACUGUUUUAAAAGCCAGCAAUGCUGCAGUACAGAUUGUGUUAAAGGUACCGGUUACAUUACAUAUUGCAGGAAUUCAAGUUUCCUAACAGAGAACCCUGAUGAUGGUUCAAAUUCAGGAGGACAAACACCAAAAGUCUUCAGAAAACGUGGAAAUCUGUCUCUUUUAAAGUCAGAUGAAAUUUGAAAUGACUUUUGAGAUCUUGUGUUGCUCAUCAAGAUUUUUCCAAGAGUAUUUAUUGAAAAAAAAAAUCUUUUUUUUCUGGUUUACUCAGUGAACUGCAGCAGAGCGGGGGAACACUUCAGCUACAAAUGAUUUUGUCAGGAUACCUGCCUCACUGUCAUGAAUUUGUGACGAGUCCCCUCUUUUGAUUUAGAUAAUUGGCUGCAACUGUGAUGGCAGAGCAUGAUAUCAUUUUCAAACUGCACCGCCUGGGAGUGACCAAAACACUUGUUCGAAAUACUGAUUUGACAAAACAGAACUAGCUGUGCUGUAAAGUGGCUGGACCUGAACUGUCACAAGUGCUGAAGUUAGCCAUGAUGUCUGCUUUCUUCCCUCAUUUUAUUUAAGUCUGUAAACAGUUUAGUCUUUUCAUCUUGAAAUCUCGACCUAAUUACCCCAGUACUACACUGACACUGCAAGAAAGAAUACACCAACACUAAUAUGCUGAUGUGUUGAAUUUGAGAAUUCUGGUUGUUAUCUCAGAUUCUCAUGUGAUCAAGCUCAGGAAAGCCUGCUGUAAACAUUUGAGGACACAGUUUUCGCCGUUUUUGGACUAUGAGUGCACAAUUAUCCCGACGUCAGACAGCUAGAUGAAGAGCUUUGCAGGAUUAAUUAUGAUUUCUGCAGAAUAUAUUCUGUAUCUUGUCCCCUGGUCACUCCCAGGCCUCUCUUAACACUAAACAGAUCAUCGCAACAUCUCUUCUUCGUUACUUGUUAAUCAUUUUGUCCCUCAAACUCUUUGUUGCUGACUUACUCCAUUUUUUAACAAGUUCAUCUGAAAAUGUGACCACUUUUUAAAAAGACAAAACGAAAACAAGGGCUCAUUUAUGACCUCCCAAAUGGUGUAUAUAUGAUUGUGUUUGCAGAUGUGUGUAUCACUGUGACAUCUUUAUGAUUUAGCAUUUGAAGUAAGUAUCCCAUGUUUUGUAUUUUAUGACCACUGACUAUCAAACCAAUACUGUUAAGGCCGAACUUAUUGUGGAGUUGUGAAAGGAGCAGCUAACAAGCCAAGAUAUAACUGGAUUUCCCUUUUAUUUUGAAGAAAUAAGGGGUUUUGUGUAAAUACCACGAUGCACUGGUGCUGUUCAUUCCCCUCUCAAUGCUGUAUGUUACUUUGAGAUUGAAGUCCUCUGUUGGUUGUCCACAGUCACAUCUUUUUAAACCUUAUAAUGUGUCAACAAACCUAAAAACAUUCCACUACAUACAGCAGAGUGCAGAUGACAUAUUUGUGAAACCAGUCGACAACAUGGUGCAUUGAUUCUUCUGGCUAUGGGACCAAAUUGAACUCUACCAGCACUAAGGCCUCUCUGUCUUCAGGACCAAAACCACUAAAUGAACUAGCUGCUAGUGAGACAUUCUUACAAAGAAAACUUUUCCAUACAUUAAAAAGAAAAAAAAAAACUUCACAAACAACCUCAGAGUUUCAGCACAGUCAUGUAACUGAAUGACCCAUCACCCUCUUAUCAAAUAACAAUUCAAGACGUUCUUCGAUCACUGAACAUCUCUGCCACGCUGAAUAUGUCUCAUUCAGCUUUGAGGUCGGUUGUUUCAGUGAACAGUUCUUAUCAUUACAGUAUUGAUUAUUUCAUGCCUGAUUGAUCAAGACUAUCAAGUUUAUCAAUAUUUUAAAUAAAGUCAAAAUGAGACUAA